AUGGACAGUGAAGAAGAGACUCACUGUGGCAGACGUGCUGGAUUUCCAGAUGCACUGUGGGCAAAUGGCGGACUGGUUGGGGUGUCCUUAGUUGUUAAUGUUGCAAGUGAGUGCGGCUAUACUGACAGCCAUUACAAAGCCCUACAGCAGCUACAGCGAGAACUGGGCUCAUAUCAUUUUAAUGUCCUCGCAUUCCCAUGUAAUCAGUUUGGGCAGCAGGAACCAGAUAGCAACAAAGAAAUUGAGAGUUUUGCUCGAAAAACAUAUGGAGUCUCUUUCCCCAUGUUCAGCAAAAUUGCAGUGAAGGGCACUGGUGCGAAUCCAGCCUUCAAAUAUCUAGUUGAAUCCACUGGUGAGGAGCCAACCUGGAACUUUUGGAAGUACUUGGUAGAUCCCAGUGGAAAUGUGGUAAAGGCUUGGGAUUCUACCGUCACUAUUGAAGAAAUAAAACCUUCUGUUACUGAGCUUGUCGGGAAUAUCAUCCUGAAGAAGAAAGAUGAACUGUGAUUUUUAAAAAAAAACUCUGCCAUUUUUAUACCUUUAAGAAUCACUUGUACAAUUUUGUAUUCAUAUUCCUAAAAGAAAAUUUAGUGACGAGAAUAUGAAAAGACAACAGUUAACUCCCAGGAGGUAAUGGGCAGUGGCUGGAGACCUUCAUAUGACACUGUGGCUAGAAAGGGCUGCUGUUCCCUUUUCAGCAAGAGUAGAUAAUGUACAGCCUCCACUGAUAAAAAGUCAAAUCACUUCUUUGUUGUCGUUUGGAAGAAUUUGUGACAUUCCUCUAUAAAUAAACAUAUUGCUAUAAUGAAGUGAUUUUACUGAUGACUGCAACUGUCUCUGAUUAUGACCAGUGCACUUUUCUCUGACAGACCCAAAAUAAAAGAAGAUUACAUUACAUUACAUUUGCGAUUUAUAUACCGCCCUAUCCAUAUGGCU